AUGAGGAGCGUCAACGGACAGACGAUCACCGUGUGUGGCAACAUCUUCCGAUUAGAAGAAACGAUCGGAAGAGGCUCUUACGGCACGGUGCACAAAGCCAUUAAUUUGUCGUCUGGAGCAGCCGUGGCUGUCAAAAUGAUUGGAAAGGAUAAACUUCGACGUCCAAACGAACGCCAAAGCAUUGAAAAGGAAAUUGAGACCAUGCGCGUGGCUGUGGAGCAGUUUGAGAACGGCCAUCCGCACAUUGUGCGACUGCUGUGCACCAAAGAGUCACAGCAUCAUAUUUUUAUUGUGCAGGAGUAUUGCGCUGGCGGAGACAUUGCGCAGCUAAUGAAGGCGAACAAUGGGCUCGUGGAAGAGCAGGCACGGCUGUAUAUGUCGCAAUUGGCGUCGGGAUUGCAGUUUCUACGCUCGCAGAAUGUGGUGCAUCGUGAUCUCAAACCUGCCAACUUGUUGCUCUCGUCGCGGAAUGUUGCGACGGUAAAGCUAAAAAUCGCGGACUUUGGUUUUGCGCGGGAGCUGGGGUCGGAGAUGAUGGCUGAGAGUGUGGUGGGCUCGCCUCUUUACAUGGCUCCUGAGUUACUGGAGUACAAGAGCUACGAUGCUAAAGCCGACUUGUGGUCGGUUGGCAUCAUUCUGUUCGAAAUGAUCGCUAACGAACACCCGUUUCUCGUGGUAGACAAGUGCCACGCAACUAAUCACUUGGCAUUGCGCCGGAACAUUUACCGAUACUUUGAGCAUUAUGGCCGUGUUCGGUUUCCGAAAAGGGUCUCCGUGUCUCCUGAGUGUGAACAAUUGGUGGAGGCGCUGUUGCGGGUAGAUCCACGCAAGCGAAUGUCGUUUGAGGAUUUCUUUCGCGCGCCAUUUCUGCUACUGUCCGUUUCAUCCGACGCUGCUACACUCGCACAUCAUGUAGAUUUGAACAGCUCCGAGACAAAGCAGCCACUCGUUGCUGAAAAACAGCCUGAAUAUGAGGAUUGGGCUACUUUUAGCGACGAAUACGUGAUGGUCGAAAACGAAUACGAGGACAUUGGUCGGGAGAUUCUUGGCGGCCAGGACCUGAAGGUGGAUCUGGAUGAGAAGGCAGCAACGCACCGCAUAAAAGAGCAUGCGUCCACUGUUGAUGCAGACGUCGCUGUUGUCGAUGGCAGCGUCGAGAUUAGAGACGUCGUGAUCGACACAUCUUCUCCAUCUCACGGGGAAGUUUCUCUUGAGUCUGUGCAUACACCAGCACAGACUGAGCUGGAAGGGGACACCCAAAUGCCGGCACGCGAAGUGCUUCCGGCCACUAAAAGUGAUAAUUGGCUGGUCGACGAGCGCCGUCAAUGGAUUACCGAUGAUAACCGUCUAGAGGAGCUGCUGGGCAUUUGCUACAAAAGUUUUUCCUGCGGCAGUGUAGCGCUCUUUGUACCCACUCCAUUCGGCGAUUACAUUGCAUUUCAUGAAGGAUGCCCUCACUACUAUCUGUCGGAUGAAUCCGUCGCAGCAUCAAAGAAAGAUGAUAGGAACCCUCCGUACGUUCUCGGACACAUCGUCUAUAUCGAAGAUCAUGAAACCACAGGUAACUCAAGCCCAUAUUGCCUUCGCGAAGGAACAAAGUAUCACGUCGUGUCCGUAACACCCUUAGCGACGUCAUCACAUGAUGCGAAUGGCAGUGUUGGCACGGUCGAGAACUUGUCCGCGUCCGGUGAGCUACCGCCCUCACAGGUCUUGACUGGCCGUACCGUUGCAAAUGAUGUCGACGAAAACAGCGUGCAGGAAUUCGUCAGCGAGCCGGCUUCGGCAGCUUCUACGCCUGUCCCAGUCGAGCACCAGCGGAUAUCGUUCCGCAGCUUUCAAAUCAGUUCACUGGCAUUGUUUUUCUUGAAGGGUGGUAAGCUGCCUUAUGUGGCUUUCAAUGAGGGAGCUCCAAAUUACUAUUUGGCAAACGAGUCGAUUCAAGCGGCGAUAUUGGGUGUAGGCGGCGAUCGCACGCCGCCUGCUUACAUCUGUGGUGAGAUCAUCUUCAUUGAUACUUUCCAGGCGACCGAGGAUUUUAACCCGUACCGCCUAUCGUACGGAACCCGAUUCCACGUUGUAACAGUCGCGAAUCCAAAAAGAACGUAA